AUGGGUGCUAAGAUAGACAGGACAAUAAACAAUGGGUCAUCCCCUCCAAUUUUCAGAAUCCAUGGUCAGAACUUCCAUCGUAUUGGUAGCCUGAUUCCACCAAAUGGGACCUAUCCGAAGUUUGCACAAUUGUAUAUUCAUGAUACUGAUAAUGAAAUUAAGAAUCGUAUUGCUUCUGUCAGGGAGAACAUAGCUACACAAGAUUUGCAUGUUGAGGUGGUGGAGGACAUUAAGGAGGUUUUAGACGGGAAUAAUGUGUUGGUUAAAUCAUUCCGUAUGGCCAAGGCAGAAAUUGAGAGAAAUCCACGUGUAGAGAUAAAAAUGAGAUUAAUUGGUAAGAGAACUAAAGAUGCAAGAACUUAUAACCUACCAACGACGUCAGAGGUUGCUGCACUUAUUGUUGGUGAUUUAGAUCCAUCCAUAGGCCACAGAGAUAUUUUGGUUGAGAGCAAUUCCGGGGUGCUUAAGCGAAUUACUGAAUUAAAUCCAUCAUACCUACCAUUGCAAUAUCCUAUUCUAUUUCCUUAUGGGGAAGAUGGAUAUAGAGAGGAUAUACAGUUUGCAACCAAUGGUUCUAACAACAACAAUGCAAGGCAACGUAUAUCUCAACGGGAGUAUUUUGCUUAUCGAUUACAUGAAAGGUUAGAAGAGAUUUCUACCAUAUUGUAUGCUCGGAGGUUAUUUCAACAAUUUAUAGUGGAUGCAUACACAAUGGUUGAAUCUGCCAGGCUUAUAUACAUAAGGACACACCAAAAAUCGCUGAGGUGCGAAGCUUUGAAAGGACUGACAGAUGCAUUGACGCGAGGUGAAGUACAAGCUAGCACCCAAGGAAAGCGAAUACUUUUACCAUCAAGUUUUACGGGCGGAGCAAGGUACAUGAUCCAGAAUUACCAGGAUGCAAUGGCCAUUUGUAGACACAUUGGUUACCCCAACCUAUUCAUAACGUUCACGUGUAAUCCAAAAUGGCCCGAAAUACAGCGGUACAUUACCAAGCGAAAUCUCAAUGCAGAAGAUCGUCCGGAUAUUUUAUGCCGUAUAUUCAAGAUGAAAUUGGAUUGUCUAAUAAAGGAAGUAAAGAAUGGUGAGCUUUUUGGUCCUGUGAAAUCAGUUAUUUACACCAUUGAAUUCCAAAAACGUGGACUACCGCAUGCACAUAUUCUAAUAUUCCUCAAGAACAAAGUUGACAUGACGAGUCCGACGUACAUGGAUUCAAUCAUAAAGGCUGAGGUACCAGACAAGACAAUGCAAAUGAAAUACUACAAUGCAGUCGAGGAAUUCAUGGUUCAUGGACCAUGUGGAAUCGCCAGAAGGAAUUCUCCGUGCAUGGUUAAUGGAAAGUGUUCAAAGCACUUCCCCAAACAAUUUGUAGCAGAGUCUAAGUUUGACCAGGAUGGGUAUCCAGUUUAUAUGCGUCGGGACAAUGGUAGAACAGUCAAGAAGAAUGGUAUAGAACUAGACAGCCGAUAUGUUGUCCCGCAUAAUAGAUAUUUGCUUUUGAGGUACAAGGCUCAUAUCAACGUAGAAUGGUGCAACCAGUCGAGAUCAAUCAAGUACCUCUUCAAGUAUGUCAACAAGGGUAAUGACCGUGUCACAGCAGAAUUCUACAAUAGUACCAUCGAUGAAAACGGUGAGGAGGUGGUGGAUGAGAUUAAUAUGUACUAUGAUUGUAGGUACGUUUCAGCAUGCGAGGCAGCCUGGCGACUAUUCAGUUUUGAGGUCCAAUAUCGGACACCGGCUGUUGAAAGAUUAAGCUUCCACCUUCCAGAUUGUCAGUCCAUUGUAUUCGCUGAUGAUGAAAAUAUUGAUAAUGUUUUAGGUCGUGAAACAGUGGGACAAAGUAUGUUCAAAGGAUGGUUCGAAGCCAAUAAGAAAUAUGAAGAUGCACGCUCAUUAACAUACAUUGAAAUGCCCAAUAAAUUUGUUUGGAAGAGAGAUAUUCGAGAGUGGCAUCCAAGAAAGAAGGGGUUUUCAAUUGGUCGCAUCUUCUUCGUACCUCCUGGUAGUGGUGAAAUAUACUAUCUUAGAUGUCUUUUGAAUAUUGUUCGUGGACCAACCAGUUUUAAAGACAUUAUGACAUUUAAUGGGGUAGAAUACAUGACAUUCAGGGAUGCAUGUUACGCACGUGGAUUAUUAGAUGACGACAAAGAGUAUAUUGAUGCAAUUGAGGAAGCAAGUUAUUGGUCAUCUGGACAUGCGAUGAGAAAGUUGUUUGUUAUACUAUUGCUUUCAAACUCAUUAUCCAGACCUGAACAUGUAUGGGAUGAGGUGUGGCAUCAUUUAGUCGAAGAUGCUGAAUUCAUGCAUAGAAAACAACUAAAUAAACCAGAUUUGAUACUAAAAGAGUGUGAGAAAAAAAACUUCGGUUUAAUUGAGCUAGAAAAAUUGUUGAUAAUACACAAUAAGUCUCUUAAAAACUUUCCUCCGAUGCCAACACCUAACAUGGAUGAUUCAAGAUUGGUUGAUAACAUUUUGUUAUUUGAGGAGUUGAACUAUGAUCGCGAAGCACUCCAAGCAGAGAGCGAAGAAUUGGCAUCAAGAUUGACUGAUGAGCAGAAAGAGAUCUACAACACAAUCAUCCAAAAUUUGUCUAAUGGCAGUGGUGGACUAUUCUUCGUUUAUGGUUACGGUGGUACUGGGAAAACUUAUCUAUGGAAGGCGUUGUCAUCAACAUUGCGAGCUAGCGGUGAUAUUGUUAUCAAUGUGGCAUCCAGUGGUAUUGCGUCGUUGUUACUUCCUGGUGGUCGAACCGCUCAUUCAAGGUUUUCCAUCCCUAUUGCAAUAAACGAAGACUCCACAUGUAAUAUUAAACAAGGUAGCCAUCUAGCCGAAUUAAUCGUCCGGAGUAAAUUGAUUAUAUGGGACGAAGCUCCUAUGAUGCACAAACACUGCUUUGAAGCAUUGGAUAGGACAAUGAGAGAUUUGCUUCAAUUUCAAAAUCCCAACAGUGCUGACCAAACAUUUGGUGGAAAGACGGUGGUGUUUGGUGGCGAUUUCCGGCAAAUAUUACCAGUUGUACCAAAAGGAUCUAGACAGGAUAUUAUUUCUGCAACAAUCAACUCAUCGUAUCUAUGGAACAAUUGUAAGGUUUUGAGAUUGACAAAAAACCUUCGAUUAAAUCGAAGCAUGCCGGGGAUUGACAUGAAAAAACUAGAGGACUUUGCAGAUUGGAUUGCGAGUAUAGGUGAUGGAACUAUGGGUGGUCAAAAUGAUGGUCAUGCAGAGGUAGAGAUACCAAACGAACUGUUAUUACCAUCUAAUGGAGACCCAAUUACCAACAUAGUUGCAAGUACGUUCCCUAUGUUCAUGUCUGGGAAUUCAGAUUCCAGUCUUCUUGAAGGUCGAGCUAUAUUAGCCCCAACCCUUGACGUCGUUAACUCCAUUAAUGAAUACAUGAGUGAUCUGCAUACUGGGGAUAGUAGGACUUACUACAGUUGUGAUAGUGUGUGCAAAUCAGACUCAAAUGGCACCUUACUUGAUGAUGUGCACACUCCCGAGUUUCUAAAUGGUAUAAGGGCAUCCGGCAUUCCAAACCAUUGUUUGAAUUUAAAGGUCGGGUCACCUGUUAUGUUGUUGAGGAAUAUAGAUCAUUCACUUGGACUAUGCAAUGGAACUAGGUUGGUUAUUACGAAGUUAGCAGAUCAUGUGAUUGAAGGAAAAAUUAUGUCUGGAAACAACGCAGGAACCAAAGUGUUGGUCCCCCGAAUGACUAUGACACCAUCAGAUCCGAGAUUACCUUUUAAAUUCCAAAGAAGACAGUUUCCUUUAAUGUUGUCCUAUGCAAUGACAAUUAACAAGAGUCAAGGACAAACACUAUCACACGUUGGCUUACUUUUAAAGAAACCAGUUUUUGUUCAUGGUCAAUUGUACGUUGCUGCUUCUAGAGUGAGCAAUCCAGACGGAUUGAAAAUUUUAAUUUGUAGUGACUCGAACAGUGUUAGUACGUCAACUACUAACGUUGUUUACCAUGAAGUGUUUAAUAAUGUGUAA